AUGGCAGAGGAUAUGGAUUCUGAUACAUGCGUCGGCUUCAAACGAACAAUCAAAGAGAUCCAAGAAACCCAAACUCUUACACAACGCUCUAACUCUCCAUCUGCUGCAAUUCCAGAACAAGAUAGCCACUCGUCUGAGAUCGUUUCUCCGCUGAAACAAGACUCAGAUUUCACCGACAAGAGUCCUCCUUGUUCGGUCUCCGAUUCCUCUAAGAAGGUCAAGCUUUCACCUCACGGCCAAGUCUCUGAAACCCAUCUUGAAGAAAUUCAAGAAAUGCCCAAUUAUGUGAGUGGAAAGGCCGAAGCUUGCGGUUUAAUUUCUGGCUUAACUGUAUCUGAUGGAGUUGCUCAAGAUUUUAUGGAAAUUUGUGAAAUGGGUCUUGUUUCUGAUAGCGAAUUUGUGAAAACUGAGACUGAACAGACCCCGGAUGAUGAGAAAGAAAGGGUUGUUUCGGAUUUGGUCGACAAGAAAGGUGAAGGUUCUGUGAUAAGUGAAGUGGGUUUUGCUGAUAUCGAAAAGUUAAUGCAAGAGACGAAGUCUGUUACUGAAUUGGACUGCAAGGAAGGUGUGGAUGCUUCUCUGUCGACUUCUGUUGAAAACAAAGUGGUUUUUGUUGGAAAAGAAGCGGAAUCUCAGAGUUCCUUGGAACUGAAAAAGAAGCAAUUACUGGAGGAAGUUGAAGCCAUUCUUGUGCCUGCAGAAAAGACCCUUGUGCAAAGUGGUACUGAUGGGUCUCUCAGUUCUUUCAAGAUUGAAGUAAUUGAUGAUACUGCAAUGAUAUCAUUGCUUGGCAAUGGCUGUGGAAAGGAGUUGGGUUUUCUGGGUCCUGCUAAAUGUGUUGCACAGGGGAAUGGAAACAAGAAUGCAAAAAAAGAAAUGAAUGGGAAAAAAAAGGCAAGAACCUCGGGAAGGAAGGAAAAAGUGGCUAAUCAUCUGGUUGAAGCUCAUAGCGUGAGUUUAAAGAAAGGGAAAGGAGCAAAGAUCUUUUACUCGAGGAUGGAGUUGGAGGCCAUGAGGUAUGUAAACGUGGUUGAACAAAAGAAACUGUGGAAAGAUAUAUACCGUGGACUUGGGCCAGUCGUGGCCAAGGAGUAUGAAAAUCUGGCAAGUGUUAAGCAUCAGAAGAACAUCCACAAUAACUUUGAACCUCACAAACGCUUUGAGAAGAUGGAAGUGCCACCUGGUAUUCUUGGGGAAGCAUUUUCAGAAAAUGUGGAUAUUGAAUUAGAAAACUUGGUGAAUAAUCAAACCCAAGAUGCAAGUCCCCUGGACCCUUUUUGCAGUUACAGUGCCACUGAUGAACAUGGCUACCCAUUUCCAGAAAAAGAGUGUAGUGAAGAUGAUGACAGUGAUGAAGAUUAUGCUAGCAUUCAGAGACCUGCCUUUGUGGUUGAAGGAGAACCCAACUUUGAUUCUGGUUCACCAGAAGAUGGACUUGAAUAUCUAAGGCGUGUCAGGUGGGAAGCUGCUCGAAUUCCAAAAGUGAGAGUAGCCAAGCUUGAUAGAAGUAAAUUUAACAUAGAGCAGAGUGAUUAUAUGCCCAAGAUUCCUGAGAUUGCCAAGUGUCCAGAACAAUUGCUGCCACUGAAACAGUGGGAGGAUGCUUUUCUUGCUGAAUUUUCAGAGCUAAGGCUGGCUCUGUCUCAUUUUGAGGGUUAUAAUGCAAGCACGUCUCAAGAUCCCCAAUCAAAAAAUCUUCUUCAUGACUCCCAUCAGCUACCUGGGAGUAUUGUUUUUGAAAAAUUUGUUAAUGUUAAAUCCAAGGAAAUUGACCUCCACUGGCCUCAUGACUGUUGCAUCCUCGGGAGCUCCAUUGAUCAGCUUUCCUUGUCGACUACUGAAGGCAGUAAUGCCUCUCUGCCUGCUGAGAACUUCAGUCCUAAGUCUCAUGUGAGCCAAAGUUCCAGCGACUCCCCUUUGUUGUCGGUGAUCUUACGAAUGGACUCUGUAGCUCGAGUGUCGAUGUUGAGAAAACGCAUAAACGCAAUAGAGGCCAUGAGCACUCUGUCAAGGAAUGACUGUCUCUGGCUAUUUUCUCUGUGUGCGGUAGUUGAUACUCCACUAGAUGCCGAUACUAGUGCUUCCCUUAGGAGUCUGCUAAGAAGGUGCGCUGCUUUGCGAGCUGCGAAGUAUGUACUCGACGACGAGUUGUCCUGA